GCCACAACUGACAAACGUAAAAUGCCAAACUUAAGAGGUACAAGCACCUCAAACCAAAAUUGACAACCUAAUAUAGAUAAUCAUAUAGUGCUAAAAUGAAGGGGCUAAAAGAGUACAACCCCAAAUCUGCCCUGCUGUCACUCAUCAACUCCAUGCUUACUGGGUUCUCGGAUUCGUGCAAUGCAUGUUCCUCCUCCCAUCCAAUUGGGUUUAGUUUUCUACCUUCUGCAAGAGUUUUAGAUUUGCUUCUGACCAAUGGUAAGCUUGUAUUGGUUGGUCUCCCGGAGAAACCCCUUGACUUGUUGGCGUUUCCCUUGAUCAUGGGUAUAAAAUUGGUUGCAGGAAGUGGCAUCGCUGGAAUAAAUUAAAGGAGACUCAAGCCAACAUAACAUCACGCCCGAUGUUGAGAUUGUGCCGAUGGACUAUGUCAACACCGCCAUGGAACGCCUAGCCAAAGCCGACGUGAAAUACGGAUUCGUAUUGGAUUUUUCCAUAGAGGAAUAGGAUGGAUUGAAAAGGCAGGCAUGUAGAAUAUGCAAAUUGUAAGGAAGAUGAUGUAAAUAUUAAAUUAUUAGAUGUUAA